GACCCGUUUCUUCUCCGCCAUUUUCCCAGUUGGAGCCAGGAGCCAGAGGGAGCGGUACUCCGCUGCAGCAGACUAACCGGACUCCGUCAAGCUUCCAACAGCCUCUCCAUCUUCACCUUUCCUGAAAACAAACAGCCGCAAACAUGCGCGAAAUCGUUCACCUGCAGGCCGGACAGUGCGGAAACCAGAUUGGAGCAAAGUUUUGGGAGGUGAUCAGUGAUGAGCAUGGCAUCGACCCCACAGGAUCCUACCAUGGAGACAGUGACCUGCAGUUGGACAGAAUCAAUGUCUACUACAAUGAAGCCUCUGGUGGGAAGUAUGUGCCCAGGGCCAUUCUGGUGGAUCUGGAGCCUGGAACCAUGGACUCAGUGCGCUCUGGCCCUUUUGGACAAAUCUUCAGACCUGACAACUUCGUUUUUGGUCAGAGUGGGGCCGGCAACAACUGGGCUAAGGGUCACUACACCGAGGGAGCUGAGCUGGUGGACUCAGUUCUGGAUGUUGUGAGGAAGGAGGCCGAGAGCUGCGACUGCCUGCAGGGCUUCCAGCUUACACACUCUCUCGGGGGAGGCACCGGCUCUGGUAUGGGAACCCUGCUGAUCAGCAAGAUUCGGGAGGAGUACCCAGAUCGUAUCAUGAACACCUUCAGUGUGGUGCCUUCUCCAAAGGUAUCAGACACGGUGGUGGAACCUUACAACGCCACCCUGUCUGUCCAUCAGCUUGUCGAGAACACAGACGAGACGUAUUGCAUUGACAAUGAGGCCCUGUAUGACAUCUGCUUCCGCACCCUCAAACUCACCACUCCCACCUACGGAGAUCUUAACCACCUGGUCUCCGCCACAAUGAGCGGCGUCACCACAUGCCUGCGCUUCCCCGGCCAGCUCAAUGCCGACCUCCGCAAGCUGGCUGUCAACAUGGUUCCCUUCCCCCGUCUGCACUUCUUCAUGCCGGGCUUCGCCCCACUCACCAGCCGUGGUAGCCAGCAGUACCGGGCCCUGUCCGUGCCUGAGCUCACUCAGCAGAUGUUUGAUGCCAAGAACAUGAUGGCCGCCUGCGACCCCCGCCACGGCCGCUACCUGACCGUUGCCGCGGUCUUCCGCGGCCGCAUGUCCAUGAAGGAGGUGGACGAGCAGAUGCUGAACGUGCAGAACAAGAACAGCAGCUACUUCGUUGAAUGGAUCCCCAACAAUGUGAAAACAGCCGUGUGCGACAUCCCGCCGCGCGGCCUCAAGAUGGCCGCCACUUUCAUCGGCAACAGCACAGCCAUCCAAGAGCUCUUCAAGCGCAUCUCAGAGCAGUUCACUGCCAUGUUCCGCCGCAAGGCUUUCCUCCACUGGUACACUGGCGAAGGCAUGGAUGAGAUGGAGUUCACCGAGGCAGAGAGCAACAUGAAUGACCUGGUGUCCGAGUACCAGCAGUAUCAGGAUGCCACCGCCGAGGAGGGCGAGUUUGAAGAGGAGGGGGAGGAGGAAGGGGCUUAAGCCUCUGCUCUACUGAUGCCACUCCGAUUAACUUCAUUCAUUCACUCGCUUGAGUCCUGAUCUGCUCCACUCUAUUUCACACGACAACACUACAUCUCUCUUCUCUCGGUUCUCUCCCCGCUCUUCGUGCUUCGUUUACUCCACCAGAGGAGGAGUUGCAGCGCUGAUCUGCUUGUGGUCACGUAGAGGUAGUAGUAACACAUCCUGUGACCUUUUUGUUAAUAUUCCUCUGUUAAACGUUCUCAUAUCUGGACCAAGAAUCUUCAUGUCCACGCUUUUCAUUUUACAUUUUGGCCUACUGUGACUGACAUUGAAAUAAAUGUAUUGUGAACAAACUG